CUACAGUGGCAACUACCGCAGCACUGGAUGAAGCAAUUUGAAACAUACAAAAAUUAUUUAUUGGAAGGCACAGUGACCAUAUGAAAUGAAUAUUAGAACAAAAAACGUUCUGUCCUGUUUAGUUCUCCGGCCAUGGCUAAUAAUGCCAUUUGGCGUAUGGAUCGUUGUGUCCGUCAUAUAUUAUUGGUGGUUAAUAUCGAGGAUAAGUGUACUGGAGUCGCAAAAUAAUGUAUAUAAAACACAGUUGACGUUAUCACAUCAAGCAAUGAAAGAAAUUUCAGUAGAAUAUACUACCACAUAUCAAGUUCCUGUUAUACCAGAUUCUAUAGGCACCUUGUGUGAAACAAUUCAUAUAGCAUUAGUUUGUAUGGGUAAAUGUACGAGACUGAUCACUCCUAUGUUUAAAUCGUUGUUACACAACAGACAGAAUCCGUUACAUUUUCACAUGGUCGUGGAUAAUACUGCAGAGCACACAGUCGCUGUGCUAUUUGAUACUUGGAUGCUACCUGACGUAAAAUACACAUGCUACAACGCGCAGAAUCGAUUGUCCGAAGUCAGAUGGAUUCCCAACAGUCAUUAUUCCGGUGUAUACGCUCUGGUCAAGCUGUUGUUCCCGGAUAUCCUGCCAGAGAACCUGGACCGGAUCAUUGUGUUGGACUCGGAUUUGACCUUUCUCAGUGACGUAGCUGAGAUCUGGAGGAUGUUCAGGAACAUGACCAACGAACAGUUUAUAGGUUUGGUGGAAAACGAAAGCAAUUGGUAUUACGACACGGCGAAGCGAUGGCCCGCGCUGGGCAGGGGCUUCAACACCGGCCUGAUGCUGCUGGACUUGAAAAAGAUCAGAACGAACAUAGACUGGACUGAUCUAUGGCAGAACGCCAUCAAGGAGAACAUAGAGUCGCUGAAGCAGACGACCCUCGCCGACCAGGACAUUAUUAAUGCCAUCAUAAAGAAACAUCCUAAUUACGUUUAUAAAAUUGGGUGUCAGUACAAUGUGCAAAUGUCGACGAAGACACUGUCCAAAAAUUGUUAUCGUGAAAAUAAAAAUAAUGUUAAGGUCGUUCACUGGAAUUCUCCAGCGAAGUACAAUAUAAAGAUCAGAGACGCGCACUAUUUCCGUAAUCUAUAUCAGAGCUAUGUUAAUUUUGACGGGAAUCUGUUGAGGGAGAAACUACAUACGUGCAGUCAGAAUGAAGCGCUGACUAAUAAGAUAAAUUACUCCGAUCUGUGUGUUAGUUUUCGUUCGGCUCAGAACAUUAAGCUGCGUACUCACUUGUACUACAUGGACUACAGCUACAAUAAUAUCGACGACUUCGACGUCACCUUAGUUCUGCAGCUGUCCAUGGACCGACUGCAGUUCCUGGAGAGACUUGUCAAUCAUUGGGAAGGUCCGUUAAGUGCAGCGAUAUAUUUGUCGGACUGUGACGUCACGAAGCUGGAGAGCUUCACGCGGGACUGGUCGGACACGCUAAGCUCCCGGAAGAACAUCGGAUACCACUUAGUAUUCAAACAUGAUUCGGUACAUUACCCGGUGAAUUAUCUCCGUAACGUCGCGCUGGAGAAUGUGAACACGCCCUACGUGUUCCUCAUGGACGUCGACUUCGUUCCCAUGGCGGGCCUGUACCAACAUCUCAGGGACGCGAUACGACUCAUAAACCCUUAUCCACAGAAAAAGUGUCUGGUGGUGCCCGCGUUCGAGACGCAGCGGUACCGCGCGUCCGUGCCGCGCGACAAGGCGGCGCUGCUGGCGCGGCUGGCGGCGCGGCACGGCGCCGGGGACGUCGCGCCCUUCCGCACCCGGGAGUGGCCGCGCGGACACCGGGCCACCAACUACACGAGGUGGAUGACCGCCACUGCUCCUUAUGAGGUGGAGUGGGAGUCCGACUACGAGCCCUACCUGGUGGUGCACCGGUCGGUACCUAAAUACGACACCAGAUUCUCGGGCUUCGGCUGGAACAAGGUGUCGCACAGCGUGGAGCUGCGCGCGACCGGGCACCGCGCGCUCGUGCUGCCGGCCGCGUUCCUCGUGCACACGCCGCACGCGCCCUCGCCCGACAUCACCGCCUUCCGCGCCGACCCGCACUACCGCGUUUGUCUCGCGUUGUUGAAACAAGAAUUCAUGGACGACCUGAGCAGGAAGUAUAACAUGACCCUGGGAGGACCUUCGAAAUUGGACAGUGUGUACCUCGGACAGGCCAAGAGCUUGCUGCUGAACCAGGCUAAGGAGUUGCCUUAGUUGACCAGCGAAAAAUUCGCGCAUUCGGCUGUGAUCCGUUUAAGACUCAUUGUGGUACCAAAAAUUACGAUAGUCUCAAUCAUAUCGACGCUUGAAAGGCAAACGUGACUAAGCGACAAUAACUGCUUUGUACAUAAAUGAUAGGCAAUAACCAUAUUCGAUGCGCAAAAUAUAUAUAUUUCUAGGUCUAUUAAAAAUCAUUUCAAUCCUACAGCUAGAUUCGUUAAAAUAGAAUUUUUUUUCAGGUAUUUCAACUUAAAAUUAAUCUACUGUAAAGUUCACGCAUUGUCGCUUAGUCACGUUUGCCUUUCAAGCCUCGAAUUAUGUUAUUCAAAACGCAUCAAAUUAACAAAUUAAGGCUUUCCGUGGUGAAUUAUGACAUGUGUUCACGAGCGCUCACGAACGCUCACGAACGCUCAUAUGCUAAAAGCUUUUAUAGACAUCGAGAAAUGUCUUUGACCGACCGGGAACCGAAGCCGGGCGCCAUGGUAAGGCUGUCCGCCACUGAUGAGGUGAUCGUUCAGGGAUGCUAUCUAAAAAUUCAUUAAUUGGUCUUUCAUGUCGAUUAACUGUAGUCUGCCAUCAAAUUACUUUAAAUAAAUCAAAAUAAUGUUGGCUUUAAAGCUCGUGUAACAUGAGAAUUACAUACAUUAAGGAACUUCAUAUAGUUAUGCCUUUGAAAUGUUGAAUUAUUCAUCCAUAUAUUAUAAAUCAUUACAUCAAUAAAUAAAUGUUGCAAGCUUCGUUUUGAAAUGUGUAACUGAAUUUCUAAUCAUCCUAAAGUAUGAAACGUGGAAUAUUUAAAUUUCCAAAGUAAAAUAAAUGUUGCCAAGAUAAAAAAAUGAAAAAAUAAAAAUGUUGCCUGACAAAAAAAAGUUGGUUUAUACUAUAAAAAAUAUUUUUAGGUAAGACAAAAUUUUAUUUAUUUAACAAAUGAAGCAGUAUUUUUAUUUAAAUUACGAUAUAAGAUUAAUAUAUAGUUUAGAAUAUUUAUUUAUAAGUACAACUAAAUUGUGUUAUCUAUUUUACAUACAUUCUCUUUGCAUUUACUUUUUACAUUUCAUUUAUUUAUAUAUAUUAGAUACAAUUUAAAACGAAUUUCAUUAAUAACUGAUCUCGCUGUGGUUUAAAAUGAAUUAUUAAUUAAAUUAUAAAACACACAAUAAUUAUA